GAGGGCACGUUUCAAACUAAAUAAGGAAGCCUUAACAAACUGUUAAGGCUGUUUUCACCAGAGUUCAUUUCACACAUCAGGCCGGCCUCAGCUGCAUCCCCACUUCUGCACAGCCCCGUGCGCUGCUGGGAACCCACCACAGCCAGAGCCCCAGCAAAAACCACGUGAGGAGCUGAGAAGGCUCCAGAACUGGUUUCAACAACCUUUCAAGUCUGGGAGAUCAUCAAGAGUCUGGCAGUGAAGCUGACAAUAAUUGCCUCUGCGGGAGGUGACUAAAACCAAAGAGAUGGAAAGACAACGACCAUGCAAAUGACAGGGACAGAAACAGAUGUCCCACCUGUAACCUUUGCUGUAGCAAUGCUUUUGGAGAGCUUAGUGGGAAACUAAAGUGUCAGAAGUUUCAUAUAUUGCUUAGGCUGAAUCCCUUUUCAGCCCCUUUUGAAGUAUCUCUUGUAUCAGCAAUCAACUCCAGAGGCUGGGACACCAGGUAGGAGGAGGGGACAUCAGUGAAGGUGUCUUGCUGCUGGAACACCGCCUUGCACGUCAGCUGGCACAAGGCCUUUCUACCUCUCAUUGGAGUGUUCCUUGGUGCUGGGAGGUGAGCCAGCACAGCCCCCCACAGCAGCACACACCUCCUCUCACCCCCGGGACGAGAUGGCCGCCCUCAUCGCUGAGAACUUCCGCUUCCUCUCCUUGUUCUUCAAGAGCAAAGACGUGAUGAUCUUCAAUGGUUUGGUGGCCCUGGGCACAGUGGGGAGCGAGGAGCUCUUCUCGGUCGUUGCCUUCCACUGCCCCUGCUCCCCUGCCCGCAACUACAUCUAUGGGCUGGCUGCCAUUGGUGUCCCAGCCCUGGCCCUCUUCCUCAUUGGCGUCAUCUGGAACAACCACACUUGGAACCUGGUGGCCGAGUGCCACAAGCGUGGUGUCAAGAACUUCUCUGCUGCUGCCACCUUCCUCCUCUUUGGCUCCAUCAUGGGCCGGGCAGCUGUGGCACCCGUCACCUGGUCUGUCAUUUCACUGCUGAGAGGGGAAGCUUACAUCUGUGCCCUCAGUGAGUUUGUCAAGCCAUCCUCCCUGGACAAGUUUCCACCUGAGUACGGGGCUGACGUGCUGGCCAGGUUCCCCUGCAGAGAUGUACCGGCAAACCUCACCAAGUUCAGGGACGAGGUGACACGGAGGCUGAGAUACGAGUCCCAGCUCUUUGGCUGGCUGCUCAUUGGCAUCGUUGCAGUCCUGGUUUUCCUCACCAAGUGCCUGAAGCACUGCUGCUCGCCACUGAGCUACCGGCAGGAGGCUUACUGGGCCCAGUACCGCUCCAAUGAGGACAAGCUCUUCCGACGUACAGCCGAGGUCCACUCCAGGAUCCUGGCAGCCAAGAACGUGAAGCACUUCUUUGGCUUCGUGGCACUGGACAAGGAGGAAAAGGAGCUGGUGCAGGAGUUCCCGGUGGAGGGUGUUCAGCCGAGCCCCCAGUGGAAUGCCAUCACAGGCGUCUACAUCUACCGGGAGAACAAGGGCUUCCCCCUCUACAGCCGGCUCCACAAAUGGGCCAAAGGAGUGGAAGGGAAUGGGCCAACCCCAGAAGGCCAUGAACUGCUCUUUUUGGCUUCCUAAGACAGAUGGGUGCUGGCAGCGGUUCCCCAGACUUCCUGGCAGACCUUCCAUAUCAGUGCACAGUGAGGGAUUCACUGGGAACAUUCCUCCUGGCAGGAUUACUUCUCUCAGAAGGCAAACACGGACCAACAGCCUCAAGGUAGAGAGUAGAAAGCAACACACUGAGCUGGGGAACCCCUCCCUCAGAGACAACAGUCUCACUGCUGCUCCCAGAGACACAGAUGAACAAAGAGAAGGUGCAGCCCUUACCUCCAGGCUGCCAGUGCAUCCCAUCUGAUGCUCCAGCAGAAGCCUUCAGGAGUGAGAGAUGGGCACAUUUCUCACUGUGACUCCUCCAGUCCCACUUGUCUCCCCCGUGGCAGAGUUAGCCCCAGCCAUCCCACACAUCUACUUGUCUUAUUGACAUUGGUAUCUUCUUACUGCAGUUGUGCAAUGCCUGUUACACAGGCAGGCCCAGAGCACUUUACAGACUUUACAGUACAGGGAAAAGAGGGAAACAGUAAAUUCCUGUGGAAAGGGGGAUGCAAUAUCAUUUGGGAAGGAAUGGAUCAAUAAUAUAGCCACACACCAAAUAACUGAAAGACUAAGGCAGGAGGAAUCACCAAUAUUCCUGGUAUUCAGAAAGGCACUCUGUAAUUAUUAAGUUGAAAUUCGGGUAGGACACCAACCUCCCUCUGUUGUUACUGAAGUGCCUAACAAUUGCUAAUGAGCCCAAAUGGUCACCCCCAUUUUAUAAAACCGGGGGAGGCCAUCAGCAGAAUAGUUUUUGGGCGAGGUGGUGAGGUGGAGGCUGAGAGGAAUCACUACAGUGAGCCACACCACUGUCUGCAGCUCAUUGAAUUUCUCAUCCAACCAUCAGAUAAGUUGUCUUUUUUCAGGUUGCAAUUUCCAGGAUGACUUCAACCAGAAUUAGUUUUACAUAUAUGUAUAUCUAAACAUAUAUACAGUGUAUAUACUACCUAACUGUAGUUAGUUAGUUGUAUUAAUGGAACAUCUUUCUUGGAGGGGAAGGGGGAUGAGAAAGUUGCCAGCCAAAAAAGCACAUUGCAUACUCCCAUCUGCUGCACUGGGACUCAGCCCUGGAACAACGAGGGAAAGAACAGGAUGGGGAAGCAGCCCUUUCCCUACCCUUCUACCACUGAAUUUUCUAAAACUUUUUCCACUGCCUUAAAUGGUCCCUGUGAACAGGAGGUCUCUUUAUGGACUUGGCCAUACUCUGAGAAAGCAAAACCAGAAGGGUGUAAAAUUACUGCCCUCACCAUGACAGUGUGACUAUGGCUUCAAGGCUGCUCUUCUGGCAUUGCACAGUCCCUCUUCUCCCAAGGAUCAGCCCUAUGUACACAACACUGUUUUAAGAGCUGGCAGGACAGUGAAAUUUGUUUUUCCUAGUUGUACUGUUUCAUUUUAGGUACAACUUCCUUUUACGCUGUACCAUCUACCAAAAAGCCCUAAGUUGUUAAAAAAACUGCUCAAACCCACAGAACUCAGAGGGGCUUACAUACAAGAAGAUUUGAAAUAAAUUAUUAAAUGAGAGUUAUUUUUCAUUGCCUUCUGAGU